UCGAAGAAAUCAAGAAGAGUUAUGAAUCCACCAACAAUCAAGUACUUUUGAGAUGUUUAAUAUGUAAUGUUGGUACUUCUUCACAAACACCUGCUAAUCAGUUCAUCCACAUGAAUGAAUCCUUUCCUUUAACAUCAUAUAAAAUUCCAGUAAGGACAAAAUUAGAGCAAAUCCUUUCAAUGGACUUUCAACAUUACUUAGAAAAACGCAACACUUUCAUGUGUCGACGCUGCUUAAAUCUCGUUGAAACUAUUGAAGUCCUCGAAGUUAAACUGUCGACUGCUAAACAAACGCUUAAUGACAACUUUUCAAAGACUAUCCAACAAUCAGUGCCAAUUAUUGAUGAUAUUUUACACAAUGAAGUUAGUUCUCAAGAUGUGGACAAACUUUUAAAAAAUAACAAUAUUCCCAACAAACGCCCAGAAGAAAAACCAAAAAAUUCAGAAAUUUAUAGAGAACAGGAACCAUUUUCGGUAGAAAAUGAAUGCCCAAAUGAAGAUAAAGAUCCUUCUAUUAGCGAUUUGGAACAGUCCGAAUUUCAGUGCUCGUAUUGUUUCAAGGUGUUAUCAUCACAGAAGUAUUUAAACUACCACCUCCAGCAACAUACCAAGGAGUUUUAUUAUUACUGUGAAAGAUGCGGUAAAGGAUUUCCUCUAAAGAGCAAUCUACAGAGGCAUCUCAACUGGCACAAUAGUAAUGAAAGGGAGGCAGACAUUUUGUGUGAUAUCUGUGGUGAUAUGUUCGUCUCCAAUGACUUGUUCAAAUCACACUUACUUAAAACCCAUUCUCAAGAGUACAUAUACAACUGUAAAAUCUGCAAGAAAGGAUUUACAAGAAAAUUAUCAUUAGAGAUUCACAUUCAUAAGCAUACUGGUGCUCGUAUGUUCAUAUGCGAGUAUUGCGGCCACACUUUUUUGACCGAAUCGAAUCUGAGAAACCAUGUAAAGCUUUGCAACAAAGAUCAUCAGCACACGUGUGAAGAAUGCGGGAAAAGUUUUAUUUCAGAGAGCCAGUUAUCAAAGCACGAGUCCCAACAUACAGGGAUUUACAGUUAUUCAUGUUCCGUUUGCAACAAAGGCUUUCACAAACCUUCCGAUCUCAAUUUCCACAUGCUGUCUCACUCAACCGAUAAGAACUUCAAAUGUAAAGAAUGUAGCAAAUCUUUUAAGACUCAAGGAAAUUUAAAUUACCAUAUUAAAACGGUUCACAAUAAAGAGACAAUUUUCAAAUGUGAAAUAUGCGCUAAAAAUUUCUUCCAAAAGAGGUUCCUAUCGGACCAUAUGAAAACACACACCAAUGAGGAACCCUACAAGUGUGACCGGUGUGAGAAGACGUUUCUUCACCAGACUACGUUUAUCACACAUUUGAAGGUGCAUGAAGGCAAGGUGAAGUUGAAGACGUGUGAAGUGUGUGGCAAGUCUAUCAAGACAAGAAUGAGUGUUCACAUGAGAACUCACACUGGGGAGAAGCCGUACAAGUGCUCUUACUGUCCCAUGGCAUUCUCCGUAGGCAUCUCACUCAAGAAACACAUAGCUGUAAAACAUGUCAAAAACAAGGUUUCUUAGCAAUGUUUGGGGUUCGUUCGGUUUUUCUUUUUAUAUUUACUAUUGCACUCCAGGCGGAAAAAAUUUCUUGUCAUGAAGACUUAUACUGCAGGAAAAACUGGAUGUUUGGAAGACAUGAUUUAAACUUGAGCUUGUGUCAACUAGAGUAACUUUAGACCCUCAAAAUGUAAGGGCUGUUCAGGAAGUAAGGUUCGUUUUAGAAUAAAAUAAAAAUUUUCUACGAGAAAAAAUUACAUUAUUUAGGCCUACAUUUGAAAGAGCAACUAAAAUAGGCCUAGGUAAUACUUUUCCACACAUCCGCCAAACAAAAUGAGGCAAUUAUCGAAGCGGUUACCAAGCUUUCGAAUUCCUUUUCCUACUACUGCAUGGAAAUGAUCACAUUAGCAAACUUUUAAACAGGUUAUUUCCUCCUUUAUUCUUUCUCGCUCACGUUUGCUAACAAAAAUUAACAUGCCUGCUUCUGUAUUUUAACACCCACAUCUGGUAGGCACAUAACAUAACCUAAAAAAAGCAAAGAUGGUCUACAGGCCAUUUUAUAUAUAACUAAAAAGUUUGUCUAUGUGUAAGUUAAUUAUAGUGUUGGGAAAAAUCUUGUGUGUAUUAGGAGCACA